CAAGGGGGUUGAAAAGGUAUUGCGCAGUUCUGGUGGUUCCAUUCCCCUGCCGCACGUAGGAUUGACUAUUGUAUUGUCUGUAACGUGGUGAAAUUCGAUGACAUGAUGAAGUUUAAAAGACGUUCAAGGGCAAUGCUCCUGAGGGCAGCGAAAAGUGAGGGUUCCUUGGACAUAAGUAUCAUGAACGGGAAAUGUGACUAUUCCCAGAAAGAGGACCAGAGGAUAGCGUUAAAAGAGUUUCGAAAAGUUCUGAAGGACGUGCUACAGCCCCAACACGAUGACCAGUUUCUUCUCAGGUGGCUUAAAGCACGUGACUUUGACAUUGCCAAGUCCGAGAGGAUGAUCAGAGAGAGCUUCAAGUUCCGCAAGAAACUCGGAGCCGAUACAAUUCUUACAUCAGGCUACGAGUUACCAGAGCUGUAUUUGAAGCACAGAAUCACAGAGUGCUUGGGCUUCGACAAUGAAUACAGCGUCGUCCGUCUCUUCAUGGCUGGCAUCUGUGAUUACAAAGGUUUCGUCUAUUCCUUCCGAGUCAUCGACCUUAUGAAAAUCCUUAUUUAUUUCUUGGAACAUGAUCUCAAAAUGAUGAGAGACAAAAAAGAGAAAGUCAGUAAGCUGGAGGAAAAAAGUACCUUUAUCCUAGAUUUUACUGGCUUCAACCUCAAACAGUUCUACGACAAAUCAGUGAUCAACGCAGGAAUCCAACUCAUUACAAUGUACCAGGAUAACUAUCCAGAAACUUUGAAAGCAGCUUACCUUGUUAAUGUACCUUCCUACUUCAGUUGGAUUUUCAACCUUUUCAAACCUUUCCUAAACUCGGUCACACUCAGCAAGAUAAAAAUUUAUCGCACAGAUGAGUGGCUUCCAGAGUUCUUCAAAGUGAUGGAUCCACACAAAGUGCCAGGGUUCUUGGGCGGAAAACUCACCGACCCCGAUGGAGAUCCCAAGUGCCAUGACCUGAUCUGUUGGGACUCCAAGUUCUCCACGUCCUGCUACCUGAAACAGAACCAGCUGAAGUCGAGCGAGGAUGACCCCUCCAUGAAGACAGCUACCAUCUCCCAGAGGGGCACCCUCGACGUCCCCGCCACCGUCAGCAAGGCGGGAUCCGUCCUGCGAUGGACCUUCCAGACCAAGGACUACAACAUCAAGUUCGGACUCUUCUACAAGCCGCCCGGUGCCACCAAAUCCCGCCCGGCGGAAGAGAUCAUACCGGUGGAGAGCGUCGACUGCCAAGUCGUGCCCGAAGAAAACGACCUCAUAUGUGAAAAGAUCGGCACCUAUAUACUUCGCUUUGACAACUCCUACAGCUGGUUGACAGCAAAACAGCUCUUGUAUAAAGUCGAAGUAGAAGAACCAGGAUCCAACGAUUCCAACAAUAAUUGAUAUGUACCGUUUCUGUGUUUGCAUUUUUAUGAAUCUCAGACUGUAUAAAUACUGUAAAUAAAGUUCCUUUUUGUUUUGAUACUA